CCCGCGAGACCCUCUCCCGCUAUGACGGCCAGUGCGGAGGCGCGGGGGCGGCGCCCAGGAGUCGGGGUAGGAGUAGUGGUGACCAGCUGCAGGCAUCCUCGCUGCGUCCUCCUGGGGAGGAGGAAAGGGUCAUUUGGAGCCGGCAAAUUCCAACUUCCUGGGGGCCACUUGGAGUUCGGUGAAAGCUGGGAAGAAUGUGCUCAAAGGGAAACCUGGGAAGAAGCAGCUCUUCACCUGAAAAAUGUUUGCUUUGCCUCGGUUGUGAAUUCUUUCGUUGAGGAAGAGAAUUACCAUUAUGUCACUAUUUUAAUGAAAGGAGAGGUGGAUGUGACUCGUGAUUCAGAACCAAAGAAUGUAGAGCCUGAGAAAAAUGAAAGUUGGGAGUGGGUUCCUUGGGAAGAAUUUCCUCCCCUAGACCAGCUUUUCUGGCCACUACGUUGUUUAAAGGAACAAGGCUACGAUCCAUUUAGAGAAGAUUUGGAUCAUCUGGUAGGAUACAAAGGAAAUCACCUAGAGGUGAACAAGGAGACUCCCUGAUUUUUUUUUUAAUGGGUUAGCCAAAAAAAAAGUUCAUCUGGUUUUCCCGUAAGAUGGCUCUAGUAGUGCUUAGUUGUGUUUAACUUCUUUCGAAACAAUUUUGUUGGAUUGUAUUGUGACAGCUGUCAUAUCAGCGUGUAUUUAAAAAAACACUUAACAAAAUUGGUUAAUUUUUUUCAUAGCCAUUUUAAUAUAGAAGAUGGAAGAAAAAAAGCAACAUUUUCGGCAUAUUAUGCUUGAUUAUUUCAAGAAAGGUAAAAAUGCAACUGAAACGCAAAAAAAGAUUUGCGCAGUGUAUGGAGAAGGUGCUGUGACUGAGCGAACGUGUCAAAAGUGGUUUGCGAAGUUUCGUGCUGGAGAUUUCUCGCUGGACGAUGCUCCACGGUCAGGUAGACCAGUUGAAGUUGAUAGCGAUCAAAUCGAGACAUUAAUUGAGAGCAAUCGACGUUAUACCACUCGGGAGAUAGCCGAUAUACUCAAAAUAUCCAAAUCAAGUGUUGAAAAUCAUUUGCACCAGCUUGGUUAUAUGAAUCGCUUUGACGUUUGGGUUCCACAUAAGUUAAGCGAGAAAAACCUUCUUGACCGUAUUUCCGCAUGCGAUUCUCUACUGAAACGUAAUGAAAACGUUCCAUUUUUAAAACAAAUUGUGAUGGGCAAUGAAAAAUGGAUACUGUACAAUAAUGUGGAACGGAAGAGAUCGUGGAGCAAGCGAAGUGAACCGCCACCAACCACACCAAAGGCCGGUCUUCAUCCAAAGAAAGUGAUGUUGUGUAUAUGGUGGGAUUGGAAGGGAGUCCUCUAUUAUGAGCUCCUUCCGGAAAACCAAACGAUUAAUUCCAACAAGUACUGCUCCCAGUUAGAUCAACUGAAAGCAGCACUCGACGAAAAGCGUCCAGAAUUAGUCAACAGAAAACAUAUAAUCUUCCAUCAGGAUACCACAAGACCGCAUGUUUCUUUGAUGACCAGGCAAAAACUGUCACAGCUUGGCUGGGAAGUUCUGAUUCCUCCACCUUAUUCACCAGACAUUGCACCUUCGGAUUUCCAUUUAUUUCGGUCUUUACAAAAUUCUCUUAAUGGAAGAAAUUUCAAUUCCCUGGAAGACUGUAAAAGGCACCUGGAACAGUUCUUUGCUCAAAAAGAUAAAAAGUUUUGGGAAGAUGGAAUUAUGAAGUUGCCUGAAAAAUGGCAGAAGGUAGUGGAACAAAAGGGUGAAUACGUUGUUCAAUGAAGUUCUUGGUGAAAAUGAAAAAUGUGUCUUUUAUUUUUACCCAAAAAACCAAAGGAACUUUUUGGCCAACCCAUACAUAAAAGGCAAAAUAAGGUCCUAUAAAAGAAUGAAAAAUAUCUUCAUUUCAGAACAGCUCCAUUUUAGCUGAAAAGUCCCACACGAUUGCCAGUUAUUUAUUUGGAGUCUCUUAAUAUACCCAAUACCCUUUCAGCCUGUACUCGUGAAAAAUUUUCGGGGAUUGUGUCAUGAAUUAUAUUUCAGACUCAGAAAACGUGAUAAAUGGUGAUGUUGUGGUAAUUCUGCUUUCCGUAUUACUCUGUGGUUUGACUGUGCUGUUUGUCAUUACCAGUGUGCGUGGAGGAGAGUGCAGAAUUUGUCUUAGUGUUUCAGUUCUAAUAGAGAACCUAAUUCAGGUGCUAACACAGUAUGCCCGUUGCAGAAUUUAUCACAUUUGUUGAUUUUCCUCUUUUGUUUUAUUAAAGUCAAAAAAAUUUUUGGUAAUAUAUUGUGACAGUCCCUGCAACUAGAGCAAACACGACAGGUCUUUAGGGUGUAUUUCCCAGAUUUCCAGUUGAGAACCUAAAGCAAGGGAAGUGAGACAAACCAUCCAGGAUCUGUAUCCCGUCAUUAACAGGCCCUGUCAUUUGGGAUCUCAGUUGAUCUCUCUGAGAUUCAGCUUCCUUAUGUGUAAAAUGCGAUUAGACUAGGGCAGUGGAUCUCAAAGUGUGGCCCGGGGAAGUCCUCAAGACCCUUUCAAGGGCCCUCAGGGUUAAAGCUGUUUUUGUCAUAUGAAGACUUCAUUUGCUUUUUUCAUUCUCAUUCUUUCCUGAGUGUACAGAGGAGUUUGCAUGUUGUGUGAUACUGUAGCAGACUGAAUGCAAAGCAGACAUGAGAGUGUAGCUCUCUUUUAUUAAGCUAGAUGUGAAAGAAACUGACAAAAAUGUAAAACAGUGCCACUCUUCUCACUGGUUCUUUUGCUUUUUUUUUUAAGAAAAAUAGCUAUAUUUUUUAUAAAAAUUAUGUUAACAUAUAAUGGUUUUGAGUUAUGGGUUUUUGUUAUUUGUAAAUAAAUUAAUAAAAGAAUUCUUAAAAUUU